UAUCAACAAGACAUCGCCUCCCUGGUGGGGCGACACACUCGCCAUGUAACACACCCACACGGGGACGUCCAGCCAUGCCUGCUCACCUGUGUCACUCCUCACUGUGGUUCAGUUUAGUCGUCCCAGUGUGAGUAGUCAUCAAUGGCGGGUAAAUGCAUCCGCCCCUGUUGCCCCCCAGAGCCAAAGGCCAUACCGCUGAGGCCGCAGGUUGCCGCGACGACCGCCCUGGCUCCGGCCAAGCAGCUGUGGACCACCAACAGGUGCCAGGCGGUAAGGCUGAGGAUGGAGGACACGGGACCUGCGGCGGAGACUCCCCUCACCGUGCAUCAGGCCUUCCUGGAGACGGUGCAGAGCUUCGGGGAUCACCCGGCCUUGGCCCACAAGGAGGACGGCCAGUGGGUGACGCUGAGCUGGAGGCAGUACUACGAGCAGUGUCGAGCGGCUGCCAAGAGCUUUCUAAAGCUGGGCCUGGAGCGGUACCAUGGUGUGGGGAUCCUGGGGUUCAAUGCCCCCGAGUGGUUCAUUGCAGACAUGGGCUGCAUUUUCGCCGGGGGCCUGGCGACAGGUAUUUACUCCACCAACACACCUCUAGCUUGUUUGGAUGUGGCUGGAAACUCAAAAGCCAACAUCCUGGUCGUGGAGAACCAAAAGCAGCUUGAUAAAAUCCUGCAGAUAAAAAAUGAGUUGCCACAUCUUAGAGCAAUCGUCCAAUACAAAGGCGAGCUGCAGCAACAACUACCAUCCCUCUAUACGUGGGCAGACUUCAUGAAGCUGGGCGAGGAUGUCCCUGACAUGGACCUAGACGAUUCUAUCAACAGCCUUCGUGCUAAUGAAUGCUGCACCCUCAUCUAUACUUCAGGAGCCACUGGCCCCCCAAAAGAAGUCAUGUUGAGCCACGACAACCUCACAUGGACAGCCCAUAGAGCAGGACUCGUAGCCAACCUGAAAUACGCUGAGGAGAUUGUGGUCAGUUAUCUACCGCUGAGCCGCGUGGCGGCACAUGUCAAUGACAUGUACAUAACCAUGAGGUUUGGAGCCACCACCUAUUUUGCAGAGCCGGAUGCCCGCGAGGGCUCAUUGGUAACAACGCUAAAAGAGGUGUCUCCAACCUCGUUCCUCGGAGUUCCUCGCAUUUGGGAGAAGAUGCAGGAGAAAAUGAAGGCUGCCGGAGCCAAGGUGUCCCCGCUAAAGAAGAGUGUGGCCGACUGGGCCAAGUCCAUCGGAUUGCAGUACAACUACAGUGCCAUGAACGGGGAAAAUCGUGUUCCAUGGGGCUUCAUGCUAGCUAACCAAGUGGUCUUCAAGAAGGUGCAAGCUGCCCUGGGCCUUGGGCGCUGCAGGACUUUGUUUACAGGCUCGGCCCCCAUCUCCAAAGACACACUGGAUUAUUUUAUGAGUGUCAACAUGCCAUUGAUGGAACUUUACGGCAUGAGUGAAAGCACUGGUCCACACACCAUGUCCACAAAUGCGGACUACCAGAUCGGCAGCUGUGGUAAGGCAAUGGCAGGCUGCAAGGUGAAAAUAGACAAAGGAGACACAAAAGACCACGGAGAGAUCUGUUUCUGGGGAAGGAACAUAUUCAUGGGCUACCUGAACAACUAUGAGGAAACAGAAGAGGUGUUGGACCAGGACGGAUGGCUGCACUCUGGCGAGGUGGGAGAGUUAGUGCGAAACUUCCUUUUCAUCACAAGGAAGACUAAAGAGAGUACCUUCAUUCCAAGAGAGGACGUGGCGCCUGUGCCCAUCGAGAACUUUAUUAAGGCUGAGGUGAACAUCAUCAGCAACGCCAUGUUGAUCGAUGACAAAUACAGGUUCCUCUCUAUGCUGCUCACGCUUAAAUGUGUCGUGAAUGAAAACGGUGAACCAACGGAUCAGCUGACCGACGAGGCCAUAAUGUUCUGCCGAGAGAUUGGCGUGAGUGCCACCAAGGUGUCCGAGAUCAUGGACAACAAGGAGCCAGCUGUCUACAAGGCUAUCCGAGAAGGCAUGGAGCGUGUCAACGCCAAGGCCGCGUCAAUCGCACAGGUCCAAAAGUUUGUCAUCCUGGGAAAAGACUUCUCCAUUCCUGGAGGGGAGCUCGGGCCCACCAUGAAGCUGAGGAGGGCUUUUGUCGUCGAAAAGUACCGAGACAAAAUCCAUGAGAUGUACAGCGUGGAAAAAAAAUAAAACCCCAUUGAAGACCUCCACCAAUUUUGUGUUAAGAAGAAAUGGACAACUUUGCAGCUACUAACAAAAAGCUGAUCUCCAUUUUUGUUGUUGUUCCAGAUAAGUAUUUAAGAUAGCCUUAAAAACAUUUACUAUGCACUUUUUUCUUUUCUUUUUGUAAAUAAAGCCACCCGAUCACGGCCAAAGAGCAACACUAAGUCGCAUGACUUACUCAACACUUAAAGCCACGUUGGGUUGGCGUAGGAAGGCUCGUUUGGCAAUCUAUUAGGAACACCCCGAUAGUAAUGUAAAAUUAAUAAGAAUAUGUAUGAAAAGUGUAGUAAAAUCAUAAUGAAGGACAUAUGUUAUCUCUAACCAUAUUUUUACUUGGUGUUGCCUCAUAAAUUGGCUGUUGAGUGACUGUAUUCUUAAUAAAAAUCUCGUAGAUUUGAAUUAAUCAGGGUUUCUCAAAUUUAGGGUAAUUUUUGUGUUGGUCACAAAUAGUCAGAGUAAAACGCUGUGAACUGUUUGAAUAAUUACCAGGCAGGCAUACCAUUUCUCAUGUUUACAUUCUUUAUAAUAAAAGUGUAAAUGUACAGUAUAUGUCAUACAUGGCAAGGAAGCAACUUUCUCAUUUGAAACUUGAGCUGAAAAAGUUUGGGAAACACUGCAUGUUUAUUGAUCAACAAACAAUCAGUAAGAACUAGAAAAGUCCGAUAAUAUCGCCGAAUAUUUUUGCACCCUCUUUAAAGGAUCCUCAAAACUUUGAGCAUAAUAUAGAACAUUAUAAUCGUGAUUUUCCACAUAGAGCUUGUUGUUAAAAUGAAACAACGUAGGAAAUGUAAAUAAUGAAUAUUUCAUCUUGUGUCACUUCCAGCUGUUUCCAGAAUAAAUGUCCAUCCCUGAAAAAGCCUUUUUGGCUUCAUCUUACUUCCUCAUUAUUGAAAAGCUCAUUAGGUAAUACAUAACUCAAGACAGGAGCCACUCAGGGACAUGGGAAAGGAUGUGUAAAUACACGUAAUGGAGCCGCUCAGUUGCAGCACAUAUGUACUGAAAACACAUAGAAUCAAUUAGCUUUUGCUCAUACGUGAAUUUAUAACAUUAUUUGACGUAAUUGUAUCGCUUUUUCAGAUUACAUUUUGGAUAAAAUGCAGGCCUGAGCUAUCUUUGCAUCUUAUCUAUCAAGUGUUCUUUUACAGCAUGCACCAUCAAUCAAAGACUAUCAUCACAACACAGAUAGGGGUGGAUUGUUGCUUCUUCUGCGCAGAAAUAUUUUAUUUUUUGCCGUUUUUAAAGCGCCUCUUAACAACUUUGAGUUUUGGUUGAUUUUGGCGGCGCCGGCGGACCAAAGCGGUAGUGUUUUACCAGCAGAAAUCAUUAAAAAACGAAACUCAGUUGACAGUAAAAAGUCGUUGUCGCAAUUGUUGGAUAUGACUUUAAACUAUAACCAACUAUUUAUCAAUAUAGCUCUUGUCUCAAA